AAAGUCAGUUGGUUUUUUUCGGUUUUUGCACGGGGAGCUGGGACUGGUGUGUGUGGUGUUUUUGAAAUUAAUAAUAAAAAACUACAACAAAAAAAUUUGAUUAAUUCAAAAGUCAAUUAAUAAAUAAUAAAACUACAAAUCAACAAAUUCACACAAAAAUGGCUCCCCAACAAGAUCAGCAGCAGCAGCAACAACAGCAAUUUGCUUUGUUACCAAAAAUCAUCAAUGGCGGUAUUGCCGGCAUCAUUGGUGUAUCAUGUGUAUUCCCCUUGGAUUUGGUCAAAACUCGCCUGCAGAAUCAACAAGUUGGUCCAAAUGGCGAGAAAAUGUACAAAAACAUGUUCGAUUGUUUCCGCAAAACAUACCGGGCCGAAGGCUACUUUGGCAUGUAUCGUGGCUCAGGUGUUAACAUCCUACUCAUUACACCCGAAAAGGCCAUUAAACUAACUGCCAACGAUUAUUUCCGCCACAAACUCACCACCAAGGAUGGACAAUUGCCAAUGACUAGUCAAAUGAUUGCCGGCGGUUUGGCUGGUGCAUUCCAAAUUAUUGUUACCACUCCCAUGGAAUUGUUGAAAAUUCAAAUGCAAGACGCUGGUCGUGUUGCAGCCCAAGCGAAAGAGGCUGGCAAGGCGGUGGAGAAAAUCUCCGCCACAAAAUUGGCUAGCCAGUUGUUGAAAGAAAAGGGCAUAUUCGGUUUGUACAAGGGUAUUGGCGCCACCGGUUUGCGUGAUGUUACAUUCUCCAUUGUGUAUUUCCCAUUGUUCGCCACGCUCAAUAAGUUUGGUCCACGUCGUAAUGAUGGUUCCGGCGAAGCUGUUUUCUGGGUAUCAUUCUUAUCCGGCCUUGCUGCCGGUUCAUUUGCUGCUCUCUUUGUCAAUCCCUUCGAUGUGGUGAAAACCCGCCUGCAAGCCAUCAAGAAGGCUGAUGGUGAAAAGGAAUUCAAGGGCAUUAUGGAUUGUAUAACAAAAACCAUGAAAUAUGAAGGACCCACAGCCUUCUUCAAGGGCGGUCUCUGCCGUAUGAUUGUGAUUGCACCACUGUUUGGUAUUGCCCAGACAGUCUAUUUCUUGGGUGUGGCCGAGGGAUUGCUUGGCGUUAAGAAGUCUGCGUAAAUACUAGGCCCCCCGAUCACACACAAAGAAGAAAAGCGCGCACCCACACCCAAAAGCAGUUAAGCCAGUUACAAAUUUAAGGAAACUCUAGCAUUUCCAGUGAUGAAAGAUAAACAGUCGUCCUCUCGUAAACAAAAAACAAA